ACUGAGCUCACUGUUUCCACUGAAUUGUGCCAUGGGGGAAGUGUAAAGUAAGUCCAGAGCCUGACUGUUGUGCAAACUAGGAGGAUGUGAUCAGAUACUUUGGUAUCUCCGUGGUAACCAGAAACUGACGCAACAACCCUUCUUCCUCUUCCUCCUCCUCCUCCUUCUCCUCCUCCUCCUCAUUUUUUUUAUCAUUCAAAAACAAGUGGAAAGUAGGAGCAGCGCGAGCGGCGCACAACUCCUUUCUUUUCUUCACGCGUGUCCUCCUUCCCUUCGUCUCCGGAGCUCUAGAAUCGACAAGCCAUGGACACAUUGCCACAGAUUCAUGUAAACGACGUCAGUAGCCUGGACUGCGAUAACUUAGAGGUUGCAACAGAUGACCAUCUAAGAAAUUUAAAGGCUUUGGCUGAGAGACUAAGACUACAGACCAGGAGACCCUCCUAUCAAGAGUGGAAGGACCAAGUAGAAGCUACCAAUACCAAAGUACCAUCGGAUCCAACAAAGUCUACUAUGUUAGAUCAUGGUGCAGAACAGGAACACACAGAUACGUCAAAAAAAAAAGACCACACGUUGGACUUAACACAAGAAAGCAGCAUAACUUCGACAAACCUGAAAGGGUUUGGGAAUAUUGAUGAGGCUCUCAGUUGGCUGCGGGAGGAACUGAAGGAGAUGCGUUUGCAGGACCAGCAGCUUGCCAGGCAGCUUAUGCGCCUGCGAGGAGAUAUCAACAAACUGAAGAUAGAGCAGACGUGCCACCUGCACAGACGAAUGCUCAACGAUGCCACGUUUGGCCUGGAGGAGCAUGACGAGCUCUCUGAUCUUCUAUGUGAUAGCCCUGUUACACCUGGGUUCGGUCUCUCCGCACCUCUCCGCCUGAUUGGCGUCACUAAGAUGAACAUAAACACAAGACGCUUCUCCCUCUGCUAGCCUCAAAGUAAACAGGGUUUAUAUGUAACCUCUACCAUGUCUUCAACGUAAAAAGACAAAAGGAUCGUAUAUAAUAGAAAAAUAUUAUAUUUUGUAACAAAAACUGAAUCUGUUAGCUGUAAUGAUGUGUUUAGUGAGGGAUUUGAUUUUACUGCGUUCAUCGCUUUAUAUAUUGUAUGAAGUAUAAUAUAUACAUAUCCAGAUUUGUACAUAUGACAGAGUAUAAAGAAUUUAUAAAGAAUGUUAUUUAGCUGCUCAGUACCUGAUACUUCAACACUGAAAACUUUGGUAUAAAACAGUGUUGCUUUUAUGGUGGUUUUCAAUGUUUUUAUCUACUACUGAAUUACUUUUUUUUUUUUUGUAAUUUAGCUGUUUCAAUGUGGAGGAGAUAAAAUUAUUAGUUGUUAAUCAUCUUGAUUAGUUUGUCCAUUUAUUCUACAGAUGUACUACACAUUGACUAUUGUGGGGUGUGCUUUUAUUAGACAAGAUUCUUUAUUGGAGUGCAUUUCCAGAGAUUUUAUAUUCCUCAUAACCACAGCUGACAGAAAUGACAUUUCUAAAUAUAUAAAUAAUAUAUAUAUUUUUUAAUGUAUUUAUAAAAGAUGUAGCAGGUUUUUCUUUUUUUUUUAUUUAACCUCAAAUAGGUGCAUUUUACGUUGUGGACCAAACUUGAGAGAUAUAUUUCUGCUUUUAGUUACAUUAUAAAACAGCUAUAAACAGUCAAUUCCUUUACAACACCCUUAUUUUCUUUAUUUUUAACUUGAUAAUGCACUUUGUAAUGUUACUGACUAACCAUAAAGCACAGGUCCUCUGUUCUGAAGACCACCUAAAUUCAUAGGUUUGCAAUGCACUGACACUUCAUACUCCUAGUCACUUUUAAAUGCAAAAAAAAAAAAAAAAGAAAAUCCUUAGAGGAUUGUGUUUUUUUUGUGUGUGUGUGUGUGUGUGUGUGUGUGUGUGUGUGUGUGUGUGUGUGUGUUGGGGGUUAUUUCUUUAAAAAGCAAUUAGAAUAAAUUAUCAAGACAACCUUUCAUGGCUGUUCAAUUCUAAUUCAUCAGGAGUGCUACACAACAGAAAGAGAAAGAAAAUCCCCCAUACUUACCCACAACUUUUUUAAGAUGCCUCAGGAUAAGAUAAUAAGGGGAACAAGAGAAGGCCAGGAGGGCCACGGCCCUGAAGAUCGCAUUUAAGAGGUUACAGUUUCAUGGCCGCUCACAAUGACUGGCUUCGAUCAAUGGAAUGGAAAACACACAAAAAGGAGUAAUGGAGGGAAACCCCAUGCUCCCAAGAGACAGUAUGAAACGACUAAGGCACAUUUAGUCACAUUUGUCACAAACAAUGGCACAUCAGUGAGAAUGAAUCUGAACACACACUAACAACAUUUAUAGUUAAUAUGCUACGACACGUGUUGCGUUUACUGCUUAAGCAUUGUACAAUGACUGUGUGACUUCCUGUUUAUCACUGCGCUUGCUCUUUAUGUUGUAGAGACUCUCACUGACUUACAAUGUAUGACCUACCUUUGUUAUUAAAGCCUGAGGCUUCCCUUC